AUGAAAGGUAUACGUUUAAAGGAUUUUCCAAGUUUCAUAAGAACAACAGACCCAAAUGAUUUUUUUUUUAAAUUUAUUUUAAGUGAAAUUGAAAAGGCUAAAAAGGCCUCUGCGAUAAUUUUCAACUCAUUCGAUGAAUUGGAGCAUGAUGUUAUUGAUGCUCUUUCAUCUAUUCUUCCUCCAAUUUAUUCGGUCGGACCAUUGCCUAUUCUCCAAAAUCAUAUACAAGAUAACGAUUUGAAGUUGCUAGGAUUAAAUCUUUGGAAAGAAGAGUCAGAGUGUCUUCAAUGGCUCGACUCAAAAGAACAUAAAUCCGUGGUGUAUGUGAAUUUUGGAAGUGUCACUGUCAUGACACCAAACCAAAUGAUUGAAUUUGCUUGGGGACUAGCUAAUAGCAAUCAAAACUUUUUGUGGAUAAUAAGGUCUGAUCUUGUUAUUGGUGAUUUGGCUGUUCUUCCACCUGAAUUUGUGGAGGAGAUAAAAGAUAGAGGCCUAUUAGCAGGGUGGUGCCCACAAGAAAAAGUUCUUGGCCACCCGGCAAUUGGAGGAUUCUUAACUCAUUGUGGAUGGAAUUCAACUCUUGAAAGCAUAAGUGCUGGAGUGCCAAUGAUAUGUUGGCCAUUUUUUGCUGAUCAACAAACCAAUUGUUGGUUUUGCUGCACUCAAUGGGGCAUUGGCAUGGAGAUAGAAAAUGAUGCUACGAGAAAUAAAAUUGAGAGCUUGGUGAGAGAGCUGAUGAAUGGAGAGAGAGGCAAAGAGGUGAAGAAUAAGGCAUUGGAUUGGAAGCAAAAGGCUGAAGAGGCUGGUACAGGUUCAGCUGAAAUUGAAAAGGCUAAAAAGGCCUCUGCGAUAAUUUUGAACUCAUUCGAUGAAUUGGAGCAUGAUGUUAUUGAUGCUCUUUCAUCUAUUCUUCCUCCAAUUUAUUCGGUCGGACCAUUGCCUAUUCUCCAAAAUCAUAUACAAGAUAACGAUUUGAAGUUGCUAGGAUUAAAUCUUUGGAAAGAAGAGUCAGAGUGUCUUCAAUGGCUCGACUCAAAAGAACAUAAAUCCGUGGUGUAUGUGAAUUUUGGAAGUGUCACUGUCAUGACACCAAACCAAAUGAUUGAAUUUGCUUGGGGACUAGCUAAUAGCAAUCAAAACUUUUUGUGGAUAAUAAGGUCUGAUCUUGUUAUUGGUGAUUUGGCUGUUCUUCCACCUGAAUUUGUGGAGGAGAUAAAAGAUAGAGGCCUAUUAGCAGGGUGGUGCCCACAAGAAAAAGUUCUUGGCCACCCGGCAAUUGGAGGAUUCUUAACUCAUUGUGGAUGGAAUUCAACUCUUGAAAGCAUAAGUGCUGGAGUGCCAAUGAUAUGUUGGCCAUUUUUUGCUGAUCAACAAACCAAUUGUUGGUUUUGCUGCACUCAAUGGGGCAUUGGCAUGGAGAUAGAAAAUGAUGCUACGAGAAAUAAAAUUGAGAGCUUGGUGAGAGAGCUGAUGAAUGGAGAGAGAGGCAAAGAGGUGAAGAAUAAGGCAUUGGAUUGGAAGCAAAAGGCUGAAGAGGCUGGUACAGGUUCAGCGUAUGUGAUUCUAGAGAAAAUGAUCAACCAAGUGCUUCUCACUCAAAAAUAUUAG